AAUGCUCCAGAAGCGGCCAUCGCGGCCUUUGACGUAGAAGCAGAACGAGCGAAAUUGCGCGAGGAGUUCGAAGAAACUAUGACUGAGCUGAGAAAUGAGUAUCAAAAGGAGCAAAUGAGCAAAGCAGAACUUGCGCACGAGCUUCAAGUCUUGAAGGAACAGUAUGAAAAGAUCAAAGACGAUUACAUACUUCUCAUAGCGUUUGCUGCGGUAGAUAUAGCAAACUCCGACUUAGAUACUAUGGAAGGAUUAGAUCCGUCAGAAGCUGCUCGCAAAUUGGAACAGCUGCAACAACAGUUUGUCGGUGGAGAGCAGGUACGGUGUGGAAAAUCCUCUUUUCACAAAAAACAUAAAACGCCUCUGUAA